AUGAACUUAGUGAAGACAAAGAAGAAGGAGAAGGUAGUCAAAGCGAGAGCGUACGACGUGUUCAUCAACCACAGAGGCACCGACACGAAGCGCACGGUGGCGACGCUGCUGUACGACCAUCUAUCCGGGCUUCGGGUGCGCCCGUUUCUGGACAGCAAGGACAUGAAGGCGGGCGACAAGCUGUUUGACAAGAUCGGCAGUGCGAUAGGCGGCUGCAAGAUCGGGUUGGCCGUCUUCUCGCCUCGCUAUUGCGAUUCCUACUUCUGCUUGCACGAGCUCGCAUUGAUGAUGGACCUCAACAAGAAGGUUAUCCCCAUUUUCUGCGACAUCAAGCCCUCGCAGCUACGCCUCGUGGACGACGGCACCAUGUCGCCCAAGGAGGUCGCGAGGUUCGGCCUCGCCUUGGAGGAGGCCAAGGGCACUGUCGGCCUCGACUUCGACUCCCGUCAAGGUAAUUGGUCGGACGUGGUGAAAAAUGCAGCAAAUAUUGUGAUGGAAAGCCUGGCAGAAAUUGAAGAUGAUGAGCUCGAUCAAGAUAACAAUUUCUCUUUUUACAAAAUCCCAACUUUUGCUGCUCAAAAUUGA